CUCAGAUCCCUGCAUUUCAGUCUCGCAGCGCGGUUCAGGAGAAACAACAAGCCGGUGGUGAUCCAUCCUGCUUCACUUGGGUCGCUUUCGAUAUCAUUAUUUUAAUCGUUCGCAUUUUUGAGUCGGCAACAUCACAUCUCGGCACAGAUGGCCCCGCAUCAGAGCACAGGCGACGAUGCGAUGGACUCGAAACAACAUGGCACUGCAGACGGCCAGGAACGUGGUGAGCUUUCAUCUCCUAACAACAAUCCCGACGACAAGGCCAGGCCAAAAGAGUCUCUCCAGGCUGCGGCAGUCGAUCCUAGCAUCAGAGCGCAAUCCUCGAACCGGAAAGGUUCAGACUCGAGUUCGAACGCCGAAACCGAGAUGGAAGAGUUCAUCCGGGAACUGGUCGCGGACAUUGGUCCCGACCGCUUUGCCCUAUUUGUCUAUAUCGGUCUCAUCGGCAUCACCAUUCUCUCGACGGCGGGCUUCUUCCUUCUGUCCUGGUCGUGGAUCGUCGCCAUCGUCAACGUCUUUGUCGGCUUUGUGAUUUGGCGGCACGUCUCCCUUCGCCGCGCCCAUCCGCGCCCGGAGACGGGUAGGCGCUGGAUCAGCCGCCGGGACCCAUCGACCCCCAACACGGCCGGCCUCCCCGCCGUCUACUUCCUCUACAUACUCGGCUCGGGCGGCCACACCUCCGAGAUGCUCGAGACCAUCAAGCGCAAGUUCGUGCCCCAGGCCAAUGCCCACCGGCGCUACCUCGUCACCACCGGCGACCAAGACUCGCUCGACCGCCUCAUCAAGCUCGAGUGCCUCAUCCGCCGCUGCUUGCCCCCCGGCGACCCGCGCGCCGGCACCGUCGACGCUUUUCGGGUCCCGCGCGCCCGGCGCGUGCACCAGCCGCUGUGGACGGCGCCGCUCAGCUGCCUCAGCACGGCCAUCCACGCCGUCAACGCGCUCACGCGCGAGCCCGACUGCCGCCCGGCCUCCCGCCACGGCGCCCAGUUCAAGUACCCGCACGUCGUCGUCACCAAUGGACCCGCCACGGGAUUCGUCGUCUGCCUGGUCGCCCACCUGCUCAAGCUCUUCUACCUCGUACCCGAGGGUCGCCUUAAGAUGGUGUACGUCGAGUCGUGGGCCCGCUCCCGCUCGCUCAGCCUGACCGGCCGCCUCUUCCGCCGGACCGGCAUCGCCGACAUGUUCUGCGUCCAGCACGAGGACCUCGCCCGCCGCACCCCGGGCGCCGUCUACGUCGGCCGCGUCGCCGCCCCCCUCGCGCCCCCGGGCUAGCAGCCCCCCGUCGAGUGGCCCCCGAUGGAGUCGGUCCUGGACCGCCUGGGGCUGCGGCCGCCGCCGAGCACCGGGGAGGAGCAUGGCGAAGGAUCGGGAAAACAGGCCGAGAGGGUUGCGGAUGAGGAGGGAAUGCAGCAGCCAGAAGUGCAUGAUAAAUGGGACUAGUCUGGCGAGGAGAAACCAAGCCUGCGGCGUCUAGGAGAUAAGGAUCAAGGGA